CACAACGUAUGCUGGGACUGCUAACUUUAAUGUCAUAUUGUGUGGAUGAUCAGUUUUAUCUAUUCCAGCUAAACAACCUUGCCAGUCGUACAAACAGUUUAUGGAUUACAAAAACAACAAAUCAAAAGAAAGACAGUCCUUUAGCUGUGGGCCAAAGAGACGACUUAAACAUGAAAGACGACAAGUUCAGAUAAACAUAGGAUUGAUGGUGCCACAUGGGUGUGAUUUGAAACCUGCAAGAGGCAAAACACUUCCAUUAUUUACAGACCCAGAAAUAACAGCCCCUGAUUUACUGAAACUUGCUGUCCAUAAAAUGAGAGUCUUUAACAAGGACAUGGAUGAAGGACCAUACGUCCUUUUGUUUCCAGAUUGCUCUGAAGUGGUCCAUGUGCCUGGAACAGAAAGGCCAUUCAUGUUGGCUGACUAUAGAAAAGAAAUAGGAAAGACAUAUUGCAGAAUCAGUUUUUUCCUAUGCCAAGACAAACAUUUUAGAGGAGUGGAUGCUAGAUCAGAAUCAGACUCUGAUUCUGAAAUUGUCAUCACAACUAGGAGCAGAACUGAAUUCAAUCAGGCUGACACCGUGGUUUUUAAACCCCAGAACCAAAGUACUCCCAAAAACAAACCCGAAGAUGAAGAGGUAAACAUUACACUACCUGAAAUCAUCACAAAUCUGUCACAUCCUAUUGAUCAUGGAAGAGUCAGCCGGUUCAACAUCUCAAGGUCAAAUGUUUGGGAUGGAGCAAUCCGAGGUUUCAAGCGUGCAACCUAUUCAGAAACCUGUGACAUGCUGGUCAGAUUUACUGAUGAUGCUGGUGUUUUUGAAGAUGGAAUUGAUGCAGGUGGUCCUAGACGAGAGUUUCUAACUCUAUUAAUGAAACAUCUAAAAGAUCGGCCAAUUUUUGAUGGACCAGCAGGACAACGUUUCUUGGUCUACAAUGCAAACGCUGUCAGGGAGGAUGAGUACUACUUGGCAGGGAAGAUGAUUGCAGUGUCAGUUGUGCAUGGAGGUCCAGGUCCCCAUUUCCUGUCAGAAGAUCUUGUACAUUACCUAGCAGGCCAGCCUUCAUUCAAAGCAACAGUUGAUUUAAUAAUUGAAGAAGAAAUAGGGAAAGCUUUGCGAGAGAUUGAGAAUGCUGCUUCUGUGGAGGCUCUGCAAGACUGUACUCUGAGGCAUAGCACAAUGUUACAGACAGCUGGCUGUCUGAGACAUGUGGCAGCUCUUGAAGAAAAGAAAACAGUUGUGUCAGACUAUCUCCGAUGGUAUAUUAUUGACCGCAACUGUAACUGUGUUGUACUCUUUAGAUUUAAGGAAGGUCUUUCAGCCCUUCAGUUUUUAACUGCACUGCAGCAGUACCCUACAUUGCUGGCCCCUGUCCUGUGCUACUCAGAAAAGAAACUUACUGCUCUUGAACUUGAGAGACUUUUCAAACAUGACCUCAGUCCAUCAGGAAGCAACAGAAGGCUCAGAGAAGGACAAACCCUGGGUUACUGGGCAGACUAUCUCCUUGAUUGUGAAGAAGGCCAGGCUGCUCUGUGUGUGGAAGAUGUUUUAAUGUUUGCAACUGGACUAACUUCACUUCCCCCCUCUGGAUUGGAACCACUGCCAAAAAUCGAGUUUCUGGAUGAUUCACCAUUCCCAAUGGCAAAUACAUGUUCAAACACAUUAAAAUUACCACUCCUAGAUUCUUACAAUGUGUUUAAAUCACGUAUGGAUUUUGGAAUUCAGAAUUCCCCAGGAUUUGGCUGUUUUUAAAAUGUGUGAUCAGUUUGUAGAUAUGAGCUGGGGAAAAGCAUGUUUUGGUUAGGUCUAUAUGCACGUGUGAACAUGUUCUUGUUCAUGUUAGGUUACAUUUGGACAGAUUUAUUAAAGUCCUGAUAUCUCAAAGAGGUAAUAGGAAAAGAAAUACAGAUAAAGAGUUAAUGUUUAUUUUCCAUUU